AUGGAGACAGUGGAGGAUGACAUUAAUUAAUAUAAAAAUACAAUCCCAGCACAAAUGAAUAGCCAGAAGAAACAAGCUUCUGUGAAUGGAGAAAGUGAAAUUGUCAACUCUUUUUUUAUUCUAGAAGAAGCAACUUCCUCCUCAGGUAAAGAUAUCCAGCUCCCUGCACGGCAGUUCUUGAUAUUUUUUGUCCCCUCUCUGGUCAUUGCUACAUAUGUGUGUGGUUAAAUGAAAGAGAUGAAUCUUGAGGGCAUAAAACAAUCUCAAGUUCGACCCUUUUUGUAACGGGGCUUUCUUCAUGUGUUUGCAGUGGAGAUUGAUUUAGAAAAAACGUUACCUUCAGUGCUUUGAAAUUUAUUAUAAAAUCCGGGAUUUGCUGCAUUUAUUACAUAAAGACUCAUUGGGAUCAAUUGCGUAUAACUGUGUAUCAGAAAUAUGGAUGCUUUCAAAGGCUGUUUUUGCUCGACAAAAACCAGUAAACUACCGAGGGAUGAGGAUCCUAUCAUACUUGCUUCUGAAACACCAUUUACUGUCAACGAAAUAGAAGCUUUGCAUGAUCUAUUCAAGAAGCUAAGCAGUACCAUAGUUGAUGAUGAUCUUAUUCACAAGGAAGAAUUUCAACUAGCGCUUUUCAGUAAUAGCAGUAAGCAGAAUAUUUUCUCUGACAGGGUAUUUGAUCUUUUUGAUGCCAAGCAUAACGGGGUAAUCAAAUUUGGAGGGUUUGUUAGGUCAUUAAGUGUGUUCCAUCCAAAUGCUUCUGAAGAGGAUAAAAUUACAUUUGCAUUCAGACUGUAUGAUCUACGACAAACUGGCUAUAUUGAGCGUGUUGAAUUGAAGGAGAUGGUACUGGCUAUUCUGAGUGAAUUGGAUUCUACACUUACCGAUGACGCUGUUGAUUCUAUUGUGGACAAGACAAUGAUUGAAGCAGAUUUAAAUGGAGAUGGCAGAAUUGAUCCAGAAGAGUGGAAGGACUUUGUAACUAAGAACCCAUCUCUCCUGAAGAACAUGACUCUUCCAUAUCUAAAGGAAUUAACACUAGCAUUUCCCAGCUUUGUGCUCAAUACCGAAGUGCCAGACUACAAAUAACAGGAUGGUAUCAAAUUCUAUUCCCAUAAGAUGCGAUAAACAUUAACAUGGAGAUGCUGGAAGAACCUAGGCUGCUACAGAGACGCCCUUUAAGUGUACUGCAUGCACAGUGUAAUUACUAAUUAUAGUCAAAAGUAUUCCGUUUCUGCUACUUUUAACAAGAAGUUUUUGAGUUUUUAAUAAGCAAGUUUGGAGGUUUUUAUAUUGA